AGAGUCCAGCAGCUGCUCGCUGGCGUUUCAGAGACUUCCUCGUUGUGAGCCCAGGCCCGGCAGUGUCCGGACUCGUACCCUCGCUAUCCUUACCGGGACCUCUAGCCUGAGUCUAGGUCGCAGCUGCAACCCCAGCCCGUCGGUUCCACUCUCAGCACAGGUCCUUUCCCGCACGCCCCGCGCUCCCUAGCAUGCCCAACCCCAGCAGCACCUCCUCUCCCUACCCCCUCCCUGAGGAAAUUAGGAACCUGUUGGCAGAUGUUGAAACAUUUGUAGCAGACAUACUGAGAGGAGAAAAUUUAUCGAAGAAAGCAAAGGAAAAGAGAGAAUCCCUUAUUAAGAAGAUAAAAGAUGUAAAGUCUAUCUAUCUUCAGGAAUUUCAAGAUAAAGGUGAUACAGAAGAGGGGGACGAAUAUGAUGACCCUUUUGCUGGGCCUCCAGACACUAUUUCAUUAGCCUCAGAAAGAUAUGAUAAAGAUGAUGAAGCCCUCUCUGAUGGGAACCAGUUUCCUCCAAUUGCAGCACAGGACCUUCCUUUUGUUUUAAAGGCUGGCUAUCUUGAAAAACGUAGAAAAGAUCACAGCUUUCUGGGAUUUGAAUGGCAGAAACGGUGGUGUGCUCUCAGUAAAGCAGUCUUCUAUUAUUAUGGAAGUGAUAAAGACAAACAACAGAAAGGCGAAUUUGCACUAGAGGGCUACAAUGUCAGAAUGAAUAACACUCUCAGGAAGGAUGGAAAGAAAGAUUGCUGUUUUGAAAUCUGUGCUCCUGAUAAACGUAUUUAUCAGUUCACAGCAGCUUCUCCCAAAGAUGCUGAAGAAUGGGUACAGCAACUGAGAUUUGUAUUACAAGAUAUGGGAUCUGAUGUUAUUCCUGAGGAUGAUGACGAAAGAGGAGAAUUAUAUGAUGAUGUUGAUCAUCCUCUACCAAUCAGCAGUCCAUCAGCAAGCAGUCAACCAAUUGAUGAUGAAAUUUAUGAAGAACUGCCAGAAGAGGAAGAGGAGAGUGCUCCAGAGAAAGUAGAGGGACAGAGGAAGAUGAGUCAGGACAGUGUUCAUCACAUUACAGGAGAUAAAAGCACUGAUUAUGCUAAUUUUUACCAGGGUUUGUGGGACUGCACAGGAGCUCUUUCUGAUGAGCUGUCAUUUAAACGUGGUGAUGUGAUUUACAUUCUUAGCAAGGAAUACAAUAGAUAUGGCUGGUGGGUAGGAGAAAUGAAAGGAGCCGUUGGCUUGGUGCCGAAAGCCUACAUAAUGGAGAUGUAUGAUAUUUGAGAGUCCUGGCAGGAAAAAUAAUCAACAUUUCAACGGAAGAAAAAUUAAGAUGCAACUUUCCCUUUCUGCCUGCAGAAAAGGAAGAUUCUUCUGCUAGUCUGCAAAUGCUUUGAAUUUAUAAUCAUUUUGAAUGCAUGAGUGACAGCUCACAGCUUUUGUUGAACAUCGUUUGUCUUUGUUAUUUUAUGUAUUCGUUAUAAUAUUUCUCUGAUGUUAAUUAAAUAAAGGAUAGUAAUGUUAACAGAUACAAGCAGUGAAAUUACACCUGUUGCUAUUUUUCAAAGAAAUAAUUGUUUUUAUUUAGUCAUUUGAUUUGUGUGAAGGAAUCAGCACUGUGGGCACUGCUACAACAGGAUGAGUUGUAUUUCUCUUAAUAUUAGACAUCAGUCAUUUUUUAGACCGUAUAUAUAAUUUCAUGGAAAUUUUAAUUGAAUAUAUCAUGAAAGUUUUUGGUAGAUGCUAUCAGAAGAAUAUUGCUUUGUUAAAAUUCUAUGAGUGAUUUGGUAUUUAUAUUUCACAAAAUGUUUUCAUGAAAGAAUUUUUACCAACUGGCAAAUUUGGCUUAUGUUAAAUAUAGCCACAAGAAAACACAGUGAUAGAAUUACAAAUAGUAGUGUACUGUCACCAUCAUAACACAUGUGCAGACCAGAACCCUGGUUUGUGCAAAGCCCUUAUCAAUACCAAAUAUCCUGGUUAGAUGAUGGGCUUACCAAUGUCUUCUGCCAUAGUUUUGUGUAAAUUUAAUAAAUAAAAAAUUCAUAAGAAAUCCCAUUCUGCAUAAUAUAAUGGCAUAAAGAAUCUCAGUGUACUCUCAAAGUAAGAAGGAAAAAUAACAUUCUCUCAUCCUGUCCGAUCAUUGCUGUGCCUUUGAAGGCCAGCCACACAGCAGUACAACUCCAGAUCUGAGUGUCCUUUACCCUCCUCAGAGCAAUGAAAAGAAAAGGAAGGCUCAGAGAGGAGCGUGUAGAAAUCAAGGUGGGAACAUGAGCCAGCAGGAGAGUGGAAGGGUAGCCAGAGGCUGACCUCGGAGGGAUACAUUGUACUGCCUGAGCGGGCUGUGUGCGAUUAUGUCAUAACAUUUUCAUGUGUAUUUGAGGUCAAAGGUAUUUGGAUGCCUACAAGGUAUUAGUAUGGCCUUAAUAUAUAUAUACCAAAAUGUACUGCUGGUUGGAUAACUAUUUGGAGUAAAUAUUAUUUCCUAGUGUUGAAUCAUUCUUUAGUAGGUACCUUUGCUGAACUUUAUCAGAUUUUUGCUUUAUAGAGAUUCUAACCAGGCAAAUAAGCUGAUAGUAUUUUAAAACCUCCAUUAUUUAUAUAAAACUAUUUACAAGCAACAUUUCACAGUUUACAUUUUACCGUUAUUCCUUCAGUAUUGCGAUCAUCAGAUACCAAAUGUAAGAAGGUACACAUAUUAAUUUUAGAGAUUAGGUUAACUCUGUACUAAUUAGACAUUGUCAAGGUAAAACUUUGGGGAAUUAAUUUGUGUACUUGUUAAUUUUUUCCUAGUAUAGAGCUGUUGGAAUAGAUUGAAAUCAUCUUGGCAAAAGUGAGACAACUGGAGAUGAAUUUAGUGGCCUGGUUUUCAAAGCCUGAGAUACUGGAAAGCAAAAGCAGUUGUGGGUUUCCAAUGAAAACGUACACUUGCCUGUGGAUACUUCUUGUGCUUCCAGGAUAAGUGAAACUUUUAGUCCUGGGCCAGGAGAUGGCAGCAGCCUCUCAUUGCAGAUGAGACCACUUGGAAACCCCUCCCCCACGCCGGUGCAAAGUCACCCAGAAUGUAAAGCAUUUGACGAUUUUUGCCUCCUUUUACAGUUAAUCCAGGAGAGGGAGUCCUUCGCCAACUGAUGACCAGCAAUUCCAAGCCAGAUAGUCUCUCUACCAACAGUGACAGUACAGAAAUAAAGUGUUAGUUCUGUCCAGAGCUCCACUGGCCUUUGUUCUUUAACUUGAGUAAGUGGGAGAUAAGAAAGGAAACAAAAGGUUUAAAAUUGGUAUGGCAGCAAAAAUAAUCAUUACUUUCAAUUCAUGUCUACUCUAUACUCAUUUGGUGAAAGCAUUUGUAUACUACCAGGGAGAAAGUUUUCUUUACACCCUUGACAAUAAAUACAUCACACACUCUUCAAAAUCAUAACAUCAUUAAUGUGAAUUUAAACAACAUGGCUUGUUAGAAAAUAUGCUAAUUGCGAUAUUCUCAUUAUGUUUGCUUAGCUUUUAUUUGUUUUUCUAUGAACAGAGAGCUAAUUUUUUUCAAAGGUGAUUGUAAGUCAUAUUUUAUAUAGCAUUUUGCUUGAUUAUUUGCUCUGUACUGAAUUUGUACUCUAUUGCCAUUAGAUCUUACAAUAAUGUUCCACUCUGCAAAUUUUUAAGGUUCAAAUAAAGUUUAAUUGUUUGCAAACUGUUAUGAUA